UCCAGUGGUGUAGAAAUAAUUCAUACCCUGGACUCUACAGGUGCAUUGACCCAGCGACUGAGCUCAAAUGACAGAGGAGAGAGAUCAAAUCCUGAAUGAGGAAUUACUUUUGAGAAGUGGCAGUGAUUUGAUCACCACAGUAACCGGAAUGCCAUCGCACUGGAAGAGAAACUAGGUUUCACCACAUCCUACAAAACGUUUUAAGCUUGUAAACAAAAGAGUUUUGAUAAAACCUGAAAGAUCAGUUCAUGUUUAAAAGAUGACGGGAGUUUAUUUCCUGCAGAGUGUCGCAGUCUGUGCUGUUCUGCUCUGCACUGCAGCAACAGAAGGUAGCUACGUGUUUCAGGGGAUAUGUGACUGCGAGUAUGGAGACAACAUCACCGACGUGGUUUUCUUGGUGAAAAACGUAUUCAACAUGAAGCUCAACACCUUGUACGACUCCCGGGUCGGGAAGUACGUGGGCUUUGGAGAAUUUGGCAUGAAAAACGCAAAUCACUACAACACUCAGGAUUAGAAAAUGGCCUUGAGAAGAGUUCAAGUGGAAAUUCUCUGCAGAUACAAUGCGAGGCUGUUCAGACGGAGCACGCUGGACAGAACAGUGCCGCCGGUUGUCAGGGUCCAUCACACCGAGCCGGCUGACUACGGGGUGCGGACGAUCCUCCACUGCAGCGUCUUGGGCUUCUACCCUCAGAAAGUGCAGGUGAGCUGGCUGAGGGACGGGGUGGAGGCCUCCAGCGACGUGUCGUCCACUGACGUCCUGGCCAACGAGGACUGGAGCUUCCAGGUCCAGUCCUACCUGGAGCUGACGCCCAAGAGGGGGGAGAGGGUGAGCUGCAGGGUGGAGCACAGCAGUCUGCCACAGAGCCUGGAGGUGGACUGGGACACCUUUGCUCUGGAUCUGAAAUGUGUGAAGUUGACAGUGGGGAUCCUCGUCUUCUUCGUCGGCCUCUGUGCAGCUGCAGGUGGAGCAGUUUACUUCUGGUGGAGACGGAGGUUUGACUUCAGCCCAGUUGACAGACAAGGACAAACAUCGUCAUGUCUUUCAGAGUUUUAGUUUUUCUUCAACUGAGGAAAGUUGCAGUUGUGAUGAUGAUGUCUUAUUAUCAUAUUGCCAAUCAUAUGUGAAGCACUUUGAAUUGCACUAAUCUGCAGGAAAGGUUCUAUGUAAAUAAAGUUUGCACACAAUU